GGCCUUCUUCAUCUUUGCAGCAACUUCACUAAUGGCCAUGGCAUGAUUACAAGUGACGAUGCCGACCAUAGUGUCGAUGGAUAUCAUAUAGAUGGUGUAGAUUCAGCGGCAUUAGCAAUCUCCCAAUGGCUUCGUGAGCACGGAAUCUGGCUCCACCCAAGCUUGACCAUACAGCCUCUGGACAAUGACUCCCACAUAAAAGGACUAGAGAAGGGAGCAACGGCAAAGGCUCCUAUCCCUCGUGCGCUGGGAGUCUUUCUGUCGCCCACAUUUUCACCGCUGCCCAUCCCGUCGGGUAGGCCUAUAGCUCUCAUUCCAAAGCCGGCCUGUCUUUCUCCCCGGACUUCAGCUCUGCGCACCCAUCUCACAACACUCGACAUCGAUCCUGUCUUUGGUCCACAGGCCACUUCCGGUCUUCUGCUGAGCUUCUGCCUCUUGUACGAGAAGUAUCUCGGUCAGCGCAGUGUCUUCUAUGGAUAUGUACGAUCUCUGCCUCGCGAGAGACCAGGCGGGCAGUUUGGAAUCUGCCUGCCGCUGGAGGGAGGCCGGGAUCCGCACAUCCCGAGCGAUACUGUUCUGCCAGGAACUGAGACAGCUAGACUGCUCCAGCGAGCCGAGCUGCUGGCUGAAGAUCCUGCAAGUGCUCCUGGCUGGCCUUCGCAUUCUAGCGAUGCUGUCAGUCUCUCGCUCCUAUGGCACUUCCAUACUCAGACGGUACUCCCGUUCUUGGUAAACUUGGACCUUGCCAGAGACAAAGCACCUUCUGAGAGUGCCUGGAGCGAGUUCCUCGGCUGCUACUCGCUCGUCUCUUCACGCGCCUUCGUAUGUGAUACUUACCACGGUCUAGCUCUUGUCCCGCUGGCGGACAUCUUCAAUCACGCCGAGCCCGCCGAGGAAGAUCAGGAGGACGACGAGAUCCAGCAGCACGUGCAAUUCGAGUGCGAAGAUCUCGUAUGUACGCGCUGUGGAAGUUUGACUCAUAGUGAGACAGGGAAAUGUCGCAAAUCUUGCAAGUCAAGUGAUCGACAGAAGCCCAGCCUCCACGUAAAGGACACUGAUGUGAACGACGAGGACGAGGAAGAAAUAGACGAUGAUCUAAUCUACAUGACCACCAUCGUACCACUGUACGCAUCGCCCACUCGGCCUUUGGAAAUCUUCAACAAUUACGGGCCGCUAUCUCCUGCGCGAUUACUCGCCUCGUAUGGUUUUGUCGCAGAGUCAGGACCGGUCAACAAGUGGGAGAGAUACUGUUGGGACUGGAGGAGCUCUGUUGAGAGGGCAGAAGUACUGACGGCUCUUGGCUUGGAUCUCGAAGAAGAGAUAGAAAAGGCCUCUUCGAGAAAGAGGUCAUACCAUGGCGAAGAGCCCGUAGACGAGCCGAAGAUCCACGGUGAAAGCUAUGAUGCCCGACGUCGGUGGUCGCGCCUUGUCGACACUCUAGCCGCGAGGGGAACACAAGCCAUGGAACCGCUGUUCCCCUCAUCUGAGUCCAUCCAUGCAUCAAAUGAAGCCCAAAACGACCCGGGCCGAGCAUCCGGUCCCGAUCUCGGUCCCGUCAGUCGUAUUCUGCCUCUGCCAAAGCAGAGCCCCUUUGCUCUCAUGGACCUGCCCGCUGUCAUAGGAGACUCCAGCGCAUUGCUAGUUUCGCCCAGUGCAGACGAGGAGGGGUAUACGGCAGACGAGAUACUGCCGCUCUUCAUCGAUGGGCGCGGCAAGGUCAGCAGACCGUUGUGGACAGUCUGCGUUCUUGCGGCUCUUGUACGGUCCACUUCUCGGGAUGGGUCCAGUAGCCUGGCAGAGUGGAGCAGGAGCAAGGAGGGUCUACUUCAGCUGCUCAAGAGUGUGGAAGAGCGCGCUGAGGCGAAAAUUGCCGGACAUCCAAGGCCGGAGGAAGGAUUGCGGUCGACACCUGUCAAGGAGGAGCAAGCUUUACAAACACAAAUCCUCGCCUCUGCAGCGAGCAUGCUGCACGCCCUCGUACAAGCCAGACAAGACUCCAUCCCUGUUUCCAUCGCUGAGCUCGAAGCGACUGCCGCGAAAGACGACUCCCUGCGAUCAGGGGCCAUACGACUGGCGCACAAUGAGCGUCUCAUCUUGCUCCAGACGUUGAACAAAGUAAAGAGACUGCUGUCCAUCGGAGACACUUCUUCGCAACAGAUGGACGAGCAGGAUAGCAUCGUAUUCGAGAAGAGGUAAAACGCUAAAGGCUGAAUAGAGAUGGACUACGAAUCAAAUACAAAAUCAUUAAGAAUGUGCGUAGCAGGUUGACGGUGACGGGGGGGGCGGAGUGCGGGAGCAACGCG